UUAGGAGCCUCCCAUUUCUGCUGAGGCCACCUCCUGGCCUGGGCGGGCAGAGGGAGCACCCUGCUGGUCGUAGGAUGCCCCCUGCAGACCGUCAUCCUCCCAGCCGCCCGCCGGCCGACCUGGAGCCGCCCCGCCCACGGCCGAGGUUUCGGUUUCCCGUGGGAGACCCGCCACGUGCCCCGGGGAGCCGCAGGUGGCGGAGAUGAAUGGCGGGCACGGCGGCCAGCAGCCGGACCCCUGGGGGGUCGGAGCUUGUCGAGGGAUGCGGCUGGCGCUGCCCGGAGCAUGGCGACCGCGUAGCUGAGCUCUUCUGUCGCCGCUGCCAACGCUGUGUGUGCGCGCUUUGCCCGGUGCUGGGCGCGCACCGUGGCCACCCGGUGGGCCUGGCGCUGGAGGCGGCGGUGCACGUGCAGAAACUCAGCCAAGAAUGUUUAAAGCAGCUGGCAAUCAAGAAGCAGCAGCACAUUGACAACAUAACCCAGAUAGAAGAUGCCACCGAGAAGCUCAAGGCUAAUGCAGAAUCAAGUAAAACCUGGCUGAAGGGGAAAUUCACUGAACUCAGAUUACUACUUGACGAAGAGGAAGCUCUGGCCAAGAAAUUCAUUGAUAAAAACACGCAGCUUGCCCUCCAGGUGUACGGGGAACAAGCUGACUCUUCCAGAGAGCAACUUGACAUCAUGAACGAUCUCUCCAACAGGGUCUGGAGUAUCAGCCAGGAGCCUGAUCCUGUCCAGAGGCUUCAGGCAUACACAGCCAGCGAGCAGGAGAUGCAGCGGCAGAUGAGCCUUGGGGAACUGUGCCACCCCGUGCCCCUCACCUUUGAGCCCAUCAAGAGCUUCUUUAAGGGCCUCGUGGAAGCCAUGCAGAGUACAUUACAGACGCCAUUGGACAUUCGCCUUAAGGAAAGCAUGAACUGCCGGCUCUUGGACCCUUCUAGCACCAAGCCAGGUACCUUGUUGAAAACCAGCCCCUCACCAGAGCGAUCACUCUUCCUAAAAUACGCGCGCACGCCCACGCUGGAUCCGGACACGAUGCACGCGCGCCUGCGCCUGUCUGCAGACCGCCUGACGGUGCGGUGCGGCCUGCUGGGCAGCCUGGGGCCCGUGCCCGCGCUGCGGUUCGACGCGCUCUGGCAGGUGCUGGCUCGCGACUGCUUCGCCGCCGGCCGCCACUACUGGGAGGUAGACGUGCAGGAGGCGGGCGCCGGCUGGUGGGUGGGCGCGGCCUACGCCUCCCUUCGGCGCCGCGGGGCGUCGGCCGCCGCCCGCCUGGGCUGCAACCGCCAGUCCUGGUGCCUCAAGCGCUACGACCUCGAGUACUGGGCCUUCCACGACGGUCAGCGCAGCCGCCUGCGGCCCCGCGACGACCUCGACCGGCUCGGCGUCUUCCUGGACUACGAGGCCGGCGUCCUCGCCUUCUACGACGUGACGGGCGGCAUGAGCCACCUGCACACCUUCCGCGCCGCCUUCCAGGAGCCGCUCUUCCCGGCUCUGCGGCUCUGGGAGGGGGCCAUCAGCAUCCCCCGGCUGCCCUAGGGGCCAGGACCGGCGUCACAGCCUCCAGUGAGAUGACCCCAGUACCUCAGUUGAAAAUGCAGAAAUCACCUGUCUUCUGUGUCGCUCGCGCUGGGAGUUGGAGACUGGAGCUGUUCCUAUUCGACCAUCUUGCUCCCUUACAUACUACCUUCUAACAUAUUGUGUGACGGAAUCACUGUGGGUUAUAGGCCAUGUUUUAGUUUCUCUGUCAAAUGGAAACUAUCCUGUCAGAUGACUGUAAGGAUUGGUGAUAUUAUAGAAUGUACCUGGAACAUAGAAUGCUCUCAGUAGAUGCAUAGUGUAUUGAUUUUUAUGCAUCUGCCCCCAUCUGAAUGAAAGUUCCCUGAGGAAGGGAUCGGGGCUGUUCAUGGCUAUCUCCCCUGUGCCUGAAGCAGUGCCUGGAACACAGAUGGCCCUCAGUAUUUGUUCAGAGAAGGAACACAUGCCAUUUCCCUCUUUGCUCUGAGAGGAGAACCUUCAGCAUUUUUCUGCCUACAAGAUCCUUUGACCAAUCCUUUCUCUGAUGUGGAGUGACUACUAUACAAUGCCAACUAGACACAGAGGCCAAGGGCAGGAACGGGAUAAAGGCAAUGGAGAAGUAAAGGGCUAUAAGGAAGUGAGAUUGAAGGCUUAAAGGAAAGGACCUGCGCAGCCAGCUCUCGCCCCUCUCUGCAGCCACCCAGCAACUGGAGGAUAUAGACUUGGUUUGGAACCACCCCCUCUUCGAAGCUGGCCAACUUGAAGCAGAGACUGCAUCACUGGAUCUUUUUCUCUCCAGUGGGCUGACACAGUGCCUAGCCCAGAAACGUCUGCUAAGGAGCGGGUGGAGGUGGAUGACGGCCAGGUCCCUGGAGACUGCCAUUCCUGCCCCCGCCUCACUCAGACACACCCGAUAGCACCAGCAAGGGAACUGAGAAUUCACAGAAUGGCACUUUAUUUUAAGACUUGAUUUUUUUGCCAUGAUUAUCUACCAAUUCUUCCAUGAUGGUGUCAUCUUCUUCAACAGUGACCAGGACCUUCUUGCCCACUAGAUUAAAGAUGUCUUCAGGAGGAUAGCCUUUGGGCUCACCCACCUUUACGGUGAGCAUGUCCAUUGUUAGAAUGGUGCCUUCCGGAAUUUUCACUUUGGCCACCACAGACUUGCCCAGCUGUGGACAAAAUGAACAUUCAGUGCCAGCUUCACAGAAGUAACUAGUGUACACUGCUUUACAUUCCAGGUCCCUGAUCAGUCCUCCCCAGGCAGUACCUUGGGAGCAGGGACUCUGUUGCCACCUACGCUGCUCAGAAUAUCUCAGACAUGGCAGGAAUUCAACCAGUGUAGACUGAAUUCAGAGACUCAGAGGAAGAGCCUUUACAAUAAAGUGCAAAGGAAAGGGCUCAGGGCUGCUCAGAAUAUCUCAGACAUGGCAGGAAUUCAACCAGUGUAGACUGAAUUCAGAGACUCAGAGGAAGAGCCUUUACAAUAAAGUGCAAAGGAAAGGGCUCAGGCUAUGUAGGCGGAGCCAGGUUCAAAUCCCAGUCAGUAGGGUAUAGGCCAUGUUUUAGUUCUCUGUCAAAUGGAAACUAUCCUGUCAGAUGACUGUAAGGAUUGGUGAUAUUAUAGUAUGUACCUGGAACAUAGAAUGCUCUCAAUACAUGCAAACUCUGAUUCCUUUGGUCACCAUCCAGCUCAAUAUCUCAUUGUAAACAUGGGGAAACUGAGGCCCACACAGGGUGGGUGACUUGGCCAGGGUUGCAGACAGCCAAGAUGAAACAUACGAAUGAGAUUCUCAACUCCUGACGCACUGUUCUUCAGGGUACACACCUUACCGCCACUUUGUUUGGUAAAAUAGAUAUAUGAAGGACUCAUAAGAUGGUGACUGUGGCUGUUAUGCAGAUGUCAAGAAAAGGAGUCCCUGAGGAAGGGGCAGAUAGGACAGGCAGGUAAGGGAAUGAAGGUUACCUGAAGCUCAUGACCAAUGUUUGUCUUCUCCAUAAAUACUUUCAAAUAAAUUAUGUGUUUUAUUACUCUAUAUCCUCCACAUGAGAGUGCAAGGAAUCAAUUCUGCUUGGAAUGUGGUGCCAGGGAAAAAUGUCUGUCAAGUGAUAAUCAUGCAUCCUGUUAUGUUUCACUGUCUGCUCAGAGAGCCAAAUUAAGUGCUCAGCUGUUAUAAAACUUAAACCCUGGUUUCUGGUCUAAUUCUCUCCUAUUUCCUUUAUAAAGAAACUAUUUCUUUUUACUUUAUUUUAAUUUCCUGGUAUCGAUGCAUCUUUGAUUUGGGGAAGCAGGUAGGCCCCACUAGAAUAAAAGAUGACAGCAGUCCCAGGCA